AGUUAGACACGCAAAAGUUCCGGUUUAUAAUACUUGGUUUUACGUUUUGAGAUUGACGGUUCAAAUAUCAAUUGGAAUCUUGCAUGUUUUAUGACAUCUUUGUGCCAGGUAUGGUGAUCUUUGUUUAAAGGUAUCUGUCCCUGUGUAUUUCCUGCAUUUAUGGCCCAACUCGCUUCUAUUUUCUUCUUUCCUUUUUGAUAAAACUCUUGGGCUGUCAAUAACUUUUACAUUGGUUGUUGCACAUCACUUUCACCUUGAAAUAUUAAUAUUACAGCAGUCACAGUGCUAACCUCCCCCAAGGCUGAGAGAGACCAGGUCGAGAGUAGCUUAUACUCCAUCAUAACCAAAUAUGGAGGCCAAAUUGGUCGCAGUUUGUGUGUUUUUGACAUGCGUAGUGGGGACAGUCGGGCGACCUUGUGCCGCCAACCUGAGAGAGUACGUGUACGUCCGGUAUGGUCAAUACCAAGAACUGCAGUGUUGUGAUCUAGACAAUGCCGAACUAUUAGACACUCUCUGGUAUAAAUAUGACGAAGAAUCUCAGUCAUGGGAACUUCUAGAGCCGGAGAGAUCCGACAUUCUAUUUUUGGAACGUAAUGCCACUAUUGCAUUCAAGCAUGUGGAUUUUUCCGACACCGGACGAUUUAAAUGCGCGCGCACUGCCGGAAAUUCAGUCCAACCAGACGACUCCAGUACAGAGUUCGAUGUUAAAGUCGUCGCAUGUGAUCAGCUAGCGCGUGGUCCGUUCCCAAUAGCGCCUUUGCCCUGCGGUGUGACGUCAGCAAAUGUGGGUGAUCACGUGACGAUCCCGUGCACCGGAUAUUUCGGUUGCGAUCAAGAUGAUGACAGAUUCGUGACAUGGUUCAUGAAAGCCAAGGCGAGCGACAACAGCUCGUGGGUACAAGUUUCUGCAGCAGACGACAGAAUCACGCAAACACAGAUCGAUAGUCAUGACGGCGUAUUGGCGUCAAAUUUGACCGUCUCCAACGUCGAAGCUCGGGACACAUGGCUUGAGUUUAUGUGCAUCCUCUACUCAACACAAUACAUCGAGGGCCAGUCGAAAGUGUUCACGUCAAUCCACAUCGUGAAAGAUUGCGUGACAGUGUCGUGCGCUCCAAUUCCGCUUCCGGUGUUUAUCAUACCUGCUGUUGCAGCGUCAGUCGUCGCAGUGGCGGUGACGUUACUAACAAUAUGUUUGUGUCGGCUAAAAGCGAAGCGGAAGUUAAAAUAUGCGUCACACGGAAACGUUCUUGACGCCACACGGUUUAUUCAUAAACAGAACGUCACCAGCGACGCAGUGAAGCCGAAUCUUGUAUGACCAGAGUCUUUCUCCUCUGAUGUAUCGACGAUCUGUUACAACAAUUGUAAGUGAUUUUGCAGUUUAAACCAUAGUCGCAUACUAUGAUUAGUGUGUUAUUGAUUUAAAGGGUUUGUGAAAACUGACAUCGAACUUAGAAAUCUGGGCUCAAUGCAUGUGCAGAUUGUGUCGUCCCAGAUUAGCUUAUGCAGUCCGCACAGGCUAAUCAGGGACGACACUUUCCGCCGUUAUAUAAUUUUUCGUUUGAAGGAAGUAUUUUAAAGUCGAAAAUCUAGUCACUUGUCACUUGUUAGCUUGUGCGGACUGCACAGGCUAAUCUGGAACGAAACUUUUAUUUCACAUGCAUCUAACCCAGAUUUUUUCCAGAUUGCGACUGAAUUACAAAAAAAAUAUACUUAAUACCAUUGCAUCAUUGCAUUUGUAAUAUAAAUUGGAACUUCGAGCGUGUGCUGCUAUGAAAAUAAAUAUAUGGUCUUGUAGUUAGACCUACAAUGCUCAAGAUUAUCAUUUGUAAGGUAUUGAUGUACGUAUAAAAUUAAGGCACUAUUCGAAAGGCAGACGUUACAACCUAGCCAUAAACCGGUGACUGUUCAAUUACGUGUUAACAUGCGUCCAUGACAACUUUUAAAACGUGCAUUUAUAUAACGGAUUGUCAUUUUAAAUUUAUGCUGUAAGCGAAUGACAGAAUUCUGAAUCUCGAAAACGUAAUAUAUCAAUCAUACAAUGAUACACAAACAUGUAUCAACAAAAGCCAUAUUAUAAAAACGACUUCUUUAAUUUGAAAUCGCCAUUUGUUGUAUGAGCCUUAUUCAGGAAAAAACCGGACUAAAUGUAUGUGCGUAAAGUGUAGACCAAGGUAAUACUGUGCAGUCCGCACAGGCUUAUCUGUGACGACACUUUCCGUGUACACUGGAUUUUCGUUAAGACACCUCGUUUUAACGAAACAAUCCAUAAACGCGAAAAGUGUCGUUCCUGAUUACUCACAGGCUAACAUUUGAAGACAUUGUGCGCAUAUGCGUUAAGUGUUCGAAGACAGCGACCCAUAUAAUGAUGUAUUGAAAUUUGAAACAGAUGUAUACUUUUUGAAUUGUGCCUUAAAUCGUUUCUGCAAUGAUUGGUAAAAUUGUUAAUUUAUGGUUAUACACAUUAUACCUAUGUUGAUAUACAUUUGUUAUUAUAUUACGCAUACAUGAGAUUGUUCCAUGUUAUGUCGUAAGUUUAUUAUGCCCCCUCCCUUCGAAGAAAAUGGGGUAUAUUGCUUUGCACAUGUCGGUCCGUCCGUCCGUCCGUCCGUCGAUCCGUCGGUCGGUCCGUCCGUCCACCAAAUGGUUUCCGGAUGAUAACUCAAGAACGCUUAUGCCUAGGAUCAUGAAACUUCAUAGGUACAUUGAUCAUGACUGGCAGAUGACCCCUAUUGAUUUUCAUGUCACUAGGUCAAAAGUCAAGGUCACGUUUUGGGGGCAUAUGUCUCCGACCGCGGAACACUUGUUUGAAAAUAUGCGUACAUGUCCGUAUAUUAAAUAAGAAAUUGGUAUAAUUGCAUUAUGUAUUCAUGAGUGUUUAUACGGACACAAGUGUUCGCUUAUUAUUUUACUCCCUAAACUUCUUUUCAGCAUUACAAAAGCCUGCCUGAACAAUAUUGUUUAAAAAGUCAUAGAGUUUUUAGUAUUAAUGUUUUUAUUUGUACUCUUAAAAUUAUACAACAUCGUUAACAUUGUGAUUCCUCUUAAGGAUAUUAUACAGCUUUUGAAUAUAUGUUCUAUGUUAUUUUUUAGCUGCUAUCUAAUAUUUUAGCUUGCUUUAUAUAUGUUCCUAUAAAUACUGGGUGUCUUGUUUAUGUUAAAUGUGUUUUAUGUUCCUUUGUUUUCAUAUUUGUACUGCUUUUUAUUUUUAAUGUUUGUCCUUUCAUGUUUGUAAGCUUUGUACAAUAUUUAUUUUUUCAUUACUAAGCUCUGUAGUAGUAAAUUUGUCUGAUAUUUUAAUAACAUGUAAAUGCUAGUCUUUUAAAGAAAUAUUAAGUUACCUCUAGUCUUUUAAAGCAAUACUUUCACGAAGGUAUAAUGGUGUACUUUGAGUUGAUAUGCAAAACACGACUGUUCAGGUUCGAUCCUUUGAUUCAACUGGAUGUCAACAACAAUACAAAUAUAUAUGACGUAAAAUAAUAAUAAUAAUAACGCGCUAAUUCGCGGCAAUCCGCCAAUCAACGUCACAAACAAAAUUUCAUAUAAUAUUCACGACAUAUACUUUAUUCAUACUCAUAUUCUCUGUUGUUCUCAAAUACAGGAUUGUUAUAAUUAUGUUGCAUUAUAUGUGCUAUAUAUCAUGCUGUUAUCAUGCUAUGCAAUGUGUAUGUCGGCUUUAAAAGCUCUUCAGAGCUUGUGUUAUCAUGUUUGAAAUACCCGACUUUAUAAAUAAAUAUUACUUGAC